AUGGAUCGUAUUAUAUGUACUACAUUAAAUGAUUUUAGAGAAUCCUGGCCGGAUAUAGAUACUUCUGUAUGGGAUAUUUUAGCCGGAAGAAUUCGUGAAUUGCUUUUAUGCCCAGAAUGCCACGAACCUAUUUUCACCAAUCCGCAACAAAAAAAUAUUACUAUUCUUACAGAUAGACGCAUGAUUCAUAGUGUUUGUCUUGAAUGUCCUGCUACUAAAGCCGAAGAAAGGAAUGAUGUUUCUCAGAUAAAAGCUUCACAGGAUACUAAACCCUCUGAUAUGAUUGAAGCGCCUAUUAUAAAAGAACAAGAAGCCUUAGAACCUAUUUCUUAUCCGGAAAAUAGUACUUUACAUAAUAACUCACAAAAUGACCCGGGAUCGCGUUCUCGAAAAAACCACCCGCCCCUUGAAACCAGUUCCAUUGAGAAUGAUUUAAUAUCUGACUCUGAUAUCAAACAGCAAACUCAAGACAUUACUAAUUUGCAGGAUGUGUACUUGGAUUUACCUGGUACUUCUGAUAUCCCUUCGUCAGAAUCAUCCACAAGUUCGCAUCCUAUCUCUAAUAACCCUGUCUUAUCAGAACAAAAUGCUAAAAUAAAAGCACCUGAAAUAGAUAUACAGCCUUUGAUACAAGAAUUGCUUAUAGAACCUUCGGAAGAAGAUUGUGUUAAGGUUGUUAAUGUGGUGAAGAGUACUGCUGUUGAUCAAUCGCCUGCAAUCGAAUUAGCCUAUCUAUAUGAAAAAAUGAAAUUUGCUGAAAUUAGGACUAUACAAGCCAAACAAUAUGAAAUCAUGAGCUGUGAGAUUUUACCUGAAAUCCCAAAGAAGGGACUUAUUACGAAUAAAAAAGCCUAUGAACUUGCGAGUAGGCAGAUUUAUGAUAAAAUGCUACAAUAUCUUUCAGAAGUCUGUCGUGUAAACUUGCGCAAAAAAACCCAGUUAACUAAGCCUAUAUAUAUGUUGUUCAGCGAAAUUGGAGAAGAUUAUGCGAAUCAAAUCUUAUAG